AUGACCACCCUCGAGGCUUUUGCACACCUCGUCCCACGGCAAGACGACAGUAGCGGGCCACCCUCUUGUGACACCGGAAACGAAUAUGACGGUCGCAUUGGCCUGCGGAUAGCCGCCCUCUUUAUCAUCUGGGUUACCUCUUCGAUAGGCGCAGUCUUUCCCAUCUUCGCGAACAGGCACCGAGGCCUAAAGGUUCCAGAAUGGGUGUUCUUCAUAUGCAAAUACUUUGGCUCAGGUGUCAUUAUUGCGACUGCGUUCAUACACCUAUUAGCUCCCGCCAUUGACGCCUUGACGGAUCCUUGUCUGACGGGACCGAUAACAGAAUACGACUGGGCCGAGGGCAUAGUUCUCAUGACCGUUUUUGUCCUCUUCUUUGUUGAGCUAAUGGUCAUGAGGUAUGGGACUUUUGGGGGGCAUCCGCAUGACCACGAGCAUGAGCACGAAGACGGACGGGGACAUCAGUAUGAGCUGGAACGAUCUACACCCGACACAGAAGGCACUGUCCACGCGGCAGGCACAUUGUCACCCUACAAAGACACCCCCGCUACUCUCACUCUACCGUCAAAUACCCGACAGCACCGAUCUGCCAGCACGCACGUGCCGGGAGAGGACCACAUGGGCCAUGUGAGGGAACACUCUGAGAUCGAAGACGUUGCCAACCCCUUCAACCUCGAAGACUACAAGGCGCAGAUGACAGCCAUCUUCAUCCUCGAAUUUGGCAUCAUAUUCCACAGCAUCUUCAUUGGCCUCACGCUAGCAGUAGCAGGAGAGGAAUUUAACACCUUAUUCAUCGUCAUCAUCUUCCACCAAACCUUCGAAGGUCUUGGUCUGGGUUCGCGACUUGCCGUGACACCAUGGCCCAAGGAUCGACGAUGGACACCGUACCUACUCGCAUUAGCAUACGGUCUGAGCACGCCCCUCGCGAUUGCCAUCGGCCUGGGUGUGCGGAAUACAUACCCUCCGGGUUCCAAGACAACCCUCAUUGUCAAUGGCGUGUUCGACUCUGUGUCGGCGGGCAUCCUGAUUUACACUGGACUGGUGGAGUUGAUGGCUCACGAAUUCAUGUUCAGCAAUUCUAUGCGCAGGGCGAGCAUCCGGACCGUCAUUUCGGCGUUUGUUACGAUGUGUCUUGGUGCAGGACUUAUGGCGUUACUCGGCAAGUGGGCUUGA